CAGAGCAGCAUUGUCUGAGAGGAGUUGACAUGGUAGUAGAGCUUGCUUAGUUAAGAAAUUGUUGAGCAUCGUCGUCCAGAACAGAACGCAUGAAACUGUAGAGAGUGAUCUGGAGCAAAACGAAGAUAGACUUCUGCUGAAACAACAAAGCGAAAUACUUUUUAGAAGUGAAUGGAAUUACACAAGUGUAGGCUACGUCACCGAUCACCAUUUAGAGUAUUCUUCAGGAUAAUUGUCUGAAACCGCUGGUGAGCCGAGGGAAGGGAGGAAGACCAUGCAUACCGCUGGCGUUCUCACUCAGGAAAAGCGUGGAAACUGAUUGAGAUGGGAAACUCUGAUAGCAUAUACAGCAUUCCGGGGCCUAAGGGUAACAGUUUAAUCUUCCCCGGGAAGCAGAAGUCCUGCUCCUUAAGGUUCCGCUCAGCCAAAGAGGAGGCCCUGUCCCCCCACAGCUGGUGGAAGACCAGGGAAGGUUACAAGUCCCGGGCCGCGGGGAGGGGCUGCCUAACCCAACACAAGAACAGCCAGCCCUACGCCUCCCACCACUACGAAUACGUAAGCAAUGGGAGCAAGGCCGCAGCCAAUGGCAGGCCGUGGGCCGGCUGCACCCAAGGGCGCGGCUCUCAGCUGCGUCCCGAGAACGGCUACCGCCACGGCUGCGACCAGCUGUCCCAAGGAAACGGGUACAAGGCGGCGGUCAACGGCCACGCCCUGAACGGGUACGGGACGCCGGAGCGGAGGGGCGGCCCGGGCUGCGCGUGGGAGCCCGCGGAGGACGAGAGCAGCCCCAAAGUGCUCCUGAGCGAGGACGGCAGCCUGCGGGUGGAGUUCACCACCAGCGGCGGCUCCAAGCCGGCGCCGGACGGCUUCUGCGGCUGGGGCGGCUCCGAGGGCUCGGAGGAGUCGGGCGGGCCGGUGCAGCUGCUCAAGUACUCCCCCGCCCUGGAGAUGGCGGCCGCGCCCGGGCGCCCCGAGGCCCCCACCGACUCCGCCCUCCGGACCAGCCAGGGCAGCUCCCUGAGCUCGGACGGCUCCUGGUACGACUCGCCCUGGGGGAACGGGGCGGAGCUCAGCGACGCCGACAACACCGGCUCCUCCGGGCAGGCCGCGGACCACAGUGGCGGCGGCGGCGGCGGCGGGGGCGGCGCCCAAUCCUCCCUCCGCCACGAGGAACCCGGCGCGGGGAACUCUGCGGGCCUGCAGGAGGAGCUGAGGGGGCUCCACAAGUGCGCGUCCACGCCGGCCUCCCGCUCCCACCUCCACGGGGGCUCGGGUUCGAGCUCCACCUUCCCCGCCUCCAAGUCGGCUCAGGCCCUGGGCGCCGCGUACGCCCAGCAGCGCUCCUCGGUGGCGUCCAUCCCGGACGAGCUCCCGGAGGAGGACUGCCACGGGGCCCGGCGCUACGCCUCCUACACCCUGCCCUGCCGCAAGGCCCGGCCCGUCGUCGAGGGCAACAGCAGGAAGGACGCGCUCAAGAGCCGCAUCAGGCGCAUCAGCGACUGGACAGGAAGUCUCAGCAGGAAGAGGAGGAAGCUGCAGGAGCCCAGGGGCAGCGAGGCCGGCGACUGUUUCGACAGCGGGGUGGACGGGCUGACGGCGGACACCUGCUCCGUCUCCCAGAUGUCCAGCCUGCUGUGGCACCCGGGCCCCGGCCCCGCCCCCGCCCCGCCCACCCGCCGCAGGUCGUCCAACGGGCCGGCGGCCAGCCUCGGCAGCGGCGACGCCCUGCGGCAGAACAUCUACGAGAGCUUCAUGCGGGAGCUGGAGGCGGGCCCGGGGGCGGAGGAGCGGGCGGAGCCCUCCGAGGGGGGCACGGCGGAGGGGUCCAGCGGCGAGUCGCGCGGCUCCCUGGAGCAGCUGGACCUGCUGCUGGAGAAGGAGCAGGGCGUGGUCCGGCGGGCCGGCUGGCUGUCCUUCAAACCCCUCCUCACCCUGAGCAAGGACAGGAAGCUGGAGCUGGUCGCCCGGCGCAAGUGGAAGCAGUACUGGGUCACGCUCAAAGGCUGCACGCUCCUGUUUUACGAGACUUACGGGAAGACGUCCGCGGAGCAGGAGCUCUCCCCGUCGUACGCCCUGUUCGCCGAGGACAGCGUCGUGCAGGCCGUCCCCGAGCACCCCAAAAAGGAGCACGUCUUCUGCCUGAGCAACGCCUACGGGGACGUGUACCUGUUCCAGGCCACCAGCCAGACGGACCUGGAGAACUGGGUGACGGCGCUCCACUCGGCCAGCGCCUCGCUCUUCGCCAAGCGGCACGGGAAGGAGGACACGGUGCGCCUCCUGCGGAGCCAGACGCAGGGCCUGCUGCAGAAGAUCGACAUGGACGGCAAGAUGAAGAAGAUGGCCGAGCUGCAGCUGUCCGUCGUCAGCGACCACAAGAACAGGAAGGCCAUCGAGAGCCAGAUCCAGCAGUGGGAGCAGAACCUGGAGAAGUUCAACGUGGACCUGUUCCGCCUGCGCUGUUACCUGUCCAGCCUGCAGGGCGGCGAGCUCCCCAACCCCAAGAGCCUCCUGGCCGCCGCCGGGCGGCCCUCCAAGAUGGCCCUGGGCCGUCUGGGGAUCUUCUCGGUGUCGUCCUUCCACGCCCUGAUCUGCUCCCGGGACGAGGCCACGCUGCGGAAGCCUUCCCGCUCCGUCUCCCAGGGGGUUCGGAACAAAAGGCGGCUGUUCUCCUCACUGAAGGGGCUGGACAGCCUGACCAGGCGAGGCCGGGACAAGAGGCAGCCCGUCUCACAGAUUUUCGAGGGUACCGGCGGGGGACAGCUCGGCCAUCUUCCCCCCAGCAGCUCAGAGAGAUUGGACGGCUUGGCCGACCAGUGCUCAACAGCACCACCCGAUGGCAGCCACUGGGACAUCAGUUCGGAGACCCAGGCCUGCGUGCUAACGCCGGACCAGCAGAUCCUGUCCGUGGCCGUGAAGCAGGAGCACAGCGUGGAGGAUGUGCUGUCCUUGGCCUGCAAGCUGAAGCAGCUGGACCCCAGCCAGCACUGCCUCCGACUGCGCAGACGGGUGGGUCAGAACACGGAAGUCAGCACGCCUGCGCCCAAGGACCUCGUGCAAGAGCUGCUGUAUGACGAGCUGGAGGUCCUGCCCCUGAACGUGUGCACCUUAUACAUGUCGCGACAGGACGGCGCAGCUGAUUUUGGGUUUGCCGUCACCGGCCACGUGGACGGAUUCGGGAACAGCCGCGUCUUUGUCAGCGAGGUCCUCCCGGAGGGCCUGGCCUUCGCCGAGGGACUGCGAGCGGGAGAUGAGGUCACGGUCCUGAACGGAAAGGGCGUGUCCACGCUGGACCUGGGCCUGAUGCAGGCGCUCUUCGGCGAGCGGACGCUCGACUUGACCCUCCGUCGGGAAGACCCGGUCCCCGGGGGGCGGGGCUCCGACCCCGGUGACCUCUGUCCGCCGGCCCCGCCCCCCAGCCAAUCCCAGCUCCUGGAGGAGUUCCUGGACCAGCACCACGGCAACCACACACCCUCAGAUAUGGCUCGUGUCACAGACGUCCCUAGCGGAUCGGUCGGGCCCAGCUUUGAGGACGGCCAGCUGAAUCCUCGACCCGGUAACGGGACAGACCCCAACAAGAAGACCGUCGAGACCGCCUGCACCCUGUACCACACGUUCCAGGAGGGCACAGCGGGCGCAGCGGGCGCAGCGGGCGCAGCCGAGGCCCAGGGGGCCCCCCCGGACCCGCCGCGGCCCUGCCCCCGCCACAUGUCCGUCACCGAGAGGCUGCGCAAGGUCAUCCAGGAGCUGGUGGAUACCGAGAAGUCCUACGUCAAGGACCUGAGCUGCCUGUUUGAGGUCUACCUGAAGCCCCUGCAAGAAGAGCCCUUUCUCAGCCUGGAUGAGAUGGAGUCUCUUUUCGGCAGCCUGCCCGAAAUGCUGGAGUUCCAGAGGGUCUUCCUGCAGACGCUGGAGGAGCGCAUCGCCUCGUCCCCGGACUUCAGCACCCUGGAGACCCCCGGCCAGUUCAAGAAACUGCUUUUCUCAUUGGGCGGAUCAUUUCUCUACUACGCGGAUCAUUUCAAACUCUACAGCGGGUUUUGUGCCAACCACAUCAAGGUCCAGAAAGUUCUGGAGAGAGCCAAGACGGACAGGGCCUUCAAGGAGUUCCUGGAAGCGAAGAACCCGACGAAGCAGCACUCCUCCACUCUGGAGUCGUACCUGAUCAAGCCCGUCCAGAGAGUGCUGAAGUACCCCCUCCUGCUGAGAGAGCUGGUGUCCCUGACUGACAGCGACAGCGAGGAGCAUUACCACCUGACAGAAGCCCUGAAGGCCAUGGAGAAGGUGGCCAGCCACAUCAACGAGAUGCAGAAGAUUUACGAGGACUACGGCACGGUGUUCGACCAGCUGGUGGCGGAGCAGAGCGGGGCGGAGAAGGAGGUGACGGAGAUCUCCAUGGGAGAGUUCCUCCUGCACUCCUCCGUGGUCUGGCUGAACCCCCUCCCCUCGCUGGGCCGCAUGAGGAAGGAUCCGGAGCUCACCGUGUUCGUGUUCAAGAAAGCCGUGAUACUGGUGUACCGGGAGAGCAACAAGCUCAAGAAGAAGAUGGCCACCACGCGAUCCGCCUUCUCCAACGGCGACCUCGACCCCUUCAAGUUCCGCUGGCUCAUACCCCAGUCCGCGCUGCAGGUUCGACUGGGGAACGCCACAGGGACGGAGGGCAACUGCAUGUGGGAGCUGAUCCACACCAAGUCGGAGCUGGAGGGCAGGCCGGAGACCACAUUCCAGCUGAUGAGCAGCGCCCCCGAAUCGAAGGCCAACAUCGUCAGGGUGAUCCGCGGCCUCCUCCGCGACAGCGCCCGGAGGAGCGUCCCGGCCGAGCGGGCGUGCAGGGAGCGCUUCGCGCCCCCGCGGGGCGGCGUGCCCACGUCCGCCAGGAUAGGUUCCUCCCGGUCCUCCUGGCUGUCCAAGCAGUCGUCUCCCGGCAACCCCUCCCACACGGACGCGGCGAAGGGGGGCCAGCGGGACUCCGACGAGGGCAGCCUGGGCAGCGGCGGUCACCCGGGAGACGACCCCGGCGGCCCCCGGCGCAGCCCGGCCUCGGAACGGGGCCCGAAGGAGGCGGACGAGGAGGAGGCGGACGCCAUCGAGGCGCUGCUCCAGAGACUGCAGAUCGCGGAGAAGGAGCCGCCGCCGCCGCCGCCGCAGCCGGCUAACGCACGGACCGAACCGGGGGGCGUCAGGCGGAGCAGCAGCCCGUGCGUAGGGGGCCAGGACGACGCCCCCUACGCGGACCUGAACGCGCUGCUGGAGAGGGACUUCAGCGUUCAGAGCCUGGCGUCCGUCAUCAACGAGGACUGCUUCUUUAGCACGGCCGAGAGCUUGGAGAGGGCCACCAUCCCCACCCUAUAGGGCUGAACACCGCAGGGGCUGCCGUCACGACGCUCAGAGACUCAACCGGUCACCUAUCCCAGGAGGCACCUGUGCUGGACAGCGUUGACGCACCUUGGCUCUGUGGACUCCAGCGUAUUCGCAGAUGGGCCAGGGCUGGAAGCUUCUCUGCUUUUGAACUGAAGGAAGCACAUUGCUCUUCCCUAGACUCUGCCUUGUUGCACCUUGUGCAUUAUCUGCCUGCAUUUUUUAACAUCCAUUUUUUUUAUAUAUAUAUUCAGAUUUUUUUCAAGGUCUUUUUAUUUAUUGAUAGGUAUAUUUGUUAUUUACUUAGAGAAGAAAGUGUUACACUCCGAUUGUCUGAGGAGACAUUGAGGUGGGGGAAAAAAAUAGGAGAAUUUGAUAAAAAAGAAUUUGUAUAGCAUUUUGUGUUGUUUUCACACAUUCUCAAUAUUUCCGAGGCAUUGCUUUUUCAAAGCAACAUGAUUGAAAUUUCUGUUCUGCUUGGCGAAGGAGUACAACCUCUUUUAGGGUGAAGGAUAAGGAUUUAUUCAUCUUUCUUCAAAAAUGAAGGAUAAAGUGUAUAUUUAACUGUACUGUACUGUAACUUAAUACCAGCAUUUCAUAUUAUUUAGACACUUAAUGUACAGAUAAAAUAAUGUUUCCUUUUUUUACUGCUUUGUGCUUUUCUCACUGUAAAACUGCCUUUAAAGCUAGCAUACCAAUGAAUGUGAAUGUCCCUUUUUAUUUAUUUUAAAUUUCUUUUUUAUUGAAUAUUAUUAUGAAUACAUUUGUGCUCUGUAAGCAUGUAUGUGGAGGACAAGAAUAUAAUGAUCCAUUUUUUAAAAAUAAAUUGCUGUUUUAUGGCAGUAUAUGUGCUGUA